GUGACGUCGUGCUGCGCAGCGCGACUAAUUUCGCCCGUGAUAGGUGGCAGACAUUUUGUUUUGUAGACGCAACGCAAACGAAAGCAAAUUUUACUUAUUCACGAAAUGCCAUUAAACGCCGUAGGAUGGACUUCUGAAGAAGAUGAAGCGCUUGUUGAAUUAGUGCAGCCCCAUGCAAUUCUCUACAAUCUCCUUGACCCUUCAAGAAAAAACAUUUUGGCCCGUGCAUCAACUUGGCAGGAAAUAGCUCAAGCAUUAUUGAAGCCAGUGGAAGAGUGCAAAAAGCGCUGGCGAGGCCUUCGUGAUGGAUACAUGAGAAGCAAACGUGUGGGUACUGUGCACAAGACCAAAGCGAGUAUUUUCGAAAAGCUGCAAUUCCUUGAUACGGUAGCUGUCGAUGGUGUUGAUGUGAAUGAUGAGUCACUCGAAGACGAUGAAACAGACGAUAAGUUCAAAGAUAAUGUGAUGUGCACUGAACAACAGGUCAUUACUGAUAACCAGGAAUAUUAUGAGAUCACACUAGUUGAUGGACCAAAGGAAGAAACAGAGAAUAAGCAAUUCAUAAAAAUCAUGCCCAAAAAUGAAAAUUUCUCACAAAUACUAUUAGAGGAGAACCUAGAACCUCCGAAGAAAAUAGGCAGAAAGAAUGCAGGCAGGAAGAAGUCCAUACCAGUGCCUAGAAACACUACGCCCAUUAAAAUAUUACCUAAACCUAUACUAUUAAAUGAGCCUAGAAUAGUAAAAUAUGUUGAAGAACCAAAAACACCAGAACAACGAUCGCAAGUUAUCGAUAAACUUAUAGAGAAAAUACUCAAAGAAAACACAAAUGAAAUAGAUGUUUUCUUCAGAAGUAUGGCGGCAAGUGUUAAAAAAUUACAACCGAAUUUAAUACCAAAGGUGAAAAUGGAAGUUUGUAAUGUUAUAGCUAAAUAUGAAAUGCAAAGUUUUGAUAAGCAAUCGCAGAAUAAUUAAUUAUUAUAUGUGAAUGUUAGUAUUUAUGUAAAGCUAGAGUAACAUAUAAUUGAAAAAUUGGCCUUUAAAUAUUUGUUAUUAUAUACUUAAUGAAUUAAUUUUAUGACUACAUACAAGAAGCCACAAUGUUCUUCCAAAUGUAAAAAUUAUGUUAUAUGAUAGGAUGGAAUGAUUCUAUUAGAUUAUUUAAGAGAUUGUAAAAAUCUUUUGUUAUUAUUAAAAUAUAUUUUAAAGUUAAA